AUGGAGUUUCAGCUGGCAACGGGUACUACUACAACAGCUACAAUUCUAAACCGCUCUCUACUCUACCUGGAACUGGCCGCCGUGAACUCAACUGGUUCGUCCCUAUCCGGCGACAGGAGUACCGCCACCACCAUUCUUUCGGGAUUCGAUUUACUCAGUUCCAGCUCCAGCUCCGGCAUAUUGUUGGCUGCUAGUCCGUCCGACAUAAAUGAUACCGGCGGAGGCGCUGCCGGUGGCCAGAACCAGCUGUCCAACGAGAACAUCGAUACCAGCCCGGACCCCAUCUGCAUAAUACUGCCGAUCACCAUUUGCUAUUGUUUCAUUUUUGUCGCGGGUAUCCUGGGAAAUCUCGCUAUCUGCAUAGUGAUUGCGAAAAACCGAUCCAUGCACACGGCCACCAACUACUAUCUCUUCAAUCUGGCCGUGUCGGACUUUCUGCUGCUGCUGUUCGGCAUGCCACAGGAGGUUUACGGCACCUGGUACCCGUACGCAUAUCCCUUCAACCAGGUGGCGUGCAUCAUCACCGGUCUGCUCUCGGAGACUGCCACCAACGCAACAGUGCUGACUAUAACGUCGUUCACCGUCGAGCGGUACAUUGCCAUUUGCCACCCCUUUCGGUCACAUACAAUGUCGAAACUAUCGCGGGCAAUUAAAUUUGUUAUCGCCAUCUGGAUAGUGGCUUUCGGACUGGCCACUCCACAGGCCCUGCAGUUCGGGGUGGUAGAACAUGGAAAGUCACGACUCUGCACGAUAAAAAAUCGUCACUUUGAGCAUGCCUUCGAAGUAUCCAGCUUUAUAUUUUUUGUCGGCCCGAUGACAGUCAUCGCCGUCCUGUAUGUGCUGAUAGGAAUCAAGCUGCGGAAGAGUAAACUGCUGCAGGGCGUCAAACGGCAGGGUGCCAGCGGUGGAGCGGGCAUCGGAACAGCAAAUGGUGCCGGUGAUGUUGUGUCGUCCGGUGGGACCAGUGCCCGUGGUGUAAGCGGUCAGACGCGUGUGAUACGAAUGUUGGUGGCAGUCGUCGCAACGUUCUUCUUCUGCUGGGCACCUUUCCACGCUCAGCGACUGAUGGCGGUGUACGGAGCGGUCACCAAUACGAACAACGUGUUCUAUGUCAAAGUCUACAUCGUCUUAACAUACAUUUCCGGCAUUUUGUACUUUCUGUCGACAUGCAUCAAUCCGCUACUGUACCACAUAAUGAGUCACAAGUUCCGUGAUGCAUCGCGACGCACCCUGAAGCUCAGUUGCUGCGGGUCAGAAUCCAAGCGGCCGGAAAAGGCGAACCACACGUACAGUGCCCUGUCACGGUACGGAGUGACCGGGAACGGUGGUUCCUUCCAGAUGACAUCGAAUCUCACCCUGCAUCCGGCCAAGCGAGCCAAAUCUGAGCUGCAAUUUUGCCACCAGGAAUCGGAAAUGAUCCUGCUGCGCGGCGUCCCGAGCAAGGGUCGCAAAUCGGAUGGACAGUUUAUUUCAACCAGUAGCCAAUCGACGAUUAUAACCAACCUCAGCGUGUGUGGCCGCGCACGAUCAUCAUCGGUUGAGAAGCGCCAAUCGAAUGGACGCAUCAACUGUCCUAGCACGGAAAACAUCCGAGUGCUAGCCAGCGGAGGCGGAACCGAAAAUAAUGAUUCCGGUGGAAAGCUGGCGACCAUUGCGGAAAAACUUCGUCGCGGCACGCAACGGGUGCUGCAGUUUAACAAAUCUCCGGCGGCAUCACCCUGCACGGAGCAUGCAACUCCAGUUUCGAAUGAUGAACGCGAAGGAAAACGACGUUGGUUGAAGAAAAAAACCAGCGUAGACUCGGUCGAUACCAAUACGAUAAGCAAUUCUAGCUUACAGGAGUUCGAUGAGGAAGAGUUCUCCAGUGCCGAACUGGCCAGAGUCAUGGGGGAAAUUAACAGAGAAAUUCGCUAG